AUGGAUGCGUACCAUUGUAUGACCGAAUGGUUCAGAGAAGAGUGCCCAGCGCCAUUCUUCACCAAAAGUGGGAGAAAUGUGUGGGAGUUUGGAGCGGAUGAUGAGAAGUGGAAUCAACUGCUCAACAAGAGGAUAACUAGCGAUUCACAGUUUGUGGGCAGCAUACUCAUGAAAGAAUGCAAGCAUGUUUUUGAGGGUUUGAAAAAAGUGGUGGAUGUUGCUGAGGGUCACCGGUGCCCUGGAAAGGCGGUAUCUUUUCCUGGCUUAAACUGUGUUGUGCUCGACCUUCCCCAAAUAGUUGAUGGGCUUAACGGAUAUCAGAAUGUGGAGCUUUGUGUGCAGACCACGCAGGAAGUCUUCAGAAUCGUGCCGAAGAUCUCGAACCUCACUACAGUCAAGGUCGUCUAUGUCGUCCUCGAGGCUCAGUUACAACUCUCCCUUACUUCAGCAUUGCAAUCCCUCAAUAAGAGCAACAAUUACACCUCAUUCUAG